AUGCCUUCUACUUCUUCUUCUUUCUUCUCUUCUCCGUUCUUCCCUCUCAAUUCCAUAUUUACUGGAAGAAGAAGAGCCAGAGGGAGCGCCCCCGAUGAGGUAGCUUUGAUCAGAGCUGCUGCUUGGGCUUGGUACCAACAAGGGUCAGGAUCUCAAGGGAUCAAUAAGCCGCCAACCAGAGAGUAUGACAUCACGAGGACUCGCAGAGUGUACCAGCCUUCUCGUUACAGGAUCGAAGCUAUCAGAAGAAUGGCCAUGGCCAAGGAAGAACACCAACACCAACACCAACACCAACAUGCAGUCGUUGUUCCUGAUCCUGAGAUUACGAUGUCAAACUCUGGGCCGCAGUUAUUGGCGCCGAGUGAUCCAGUCCACGCAGCUAAUUCUUUACUCGAUUCAUAUCGAGUGCAAACGACGGCCAGUGACACCACCUCCGAUUAUUUCCAGAGCAGUUUCGUCGUCGACGUGGGAGGUCACCAUCAUCGGCAGAGAAACAACUGUUCGUUGCCGUCGUCAUCAUCAUUAUCAUCCCCAGAAAGCAUCACGAGCAGCAAUAAUAAUAGCAUGAGCAUCAAGCGGGAGGAGAAGAGAUCAAUCGGUCUUUGGUUGUGGAGAAGACGGGCAGUGAUUUGUGGAAGGAGUGAAGAUGUCGUCGUGGAUAAUUCGACAGUUUUCAGGAGGAGUGCCCACGGCCUAUAA